AACAAAAACAACUGGUGAACCCACAACAACAGUCACUGGUGUGUCAACAACAACUGGUGAACCCACUACAUCUAUCACAGUUUCAUCAACAACAACUGGUAAACCCACUACAUCCGUCACAGUUUCAUCAACAACAACUGGUGAACCCACUACAUCCAUCACAGUUUCAGCAACAACAACUGAUGAACCCACUACAACCAUCACUGAGUCAACAAAAACAACUGGUGAACCCAAAACAACAGUCACUGCUGUGUUGACAACAACUGGUGAACCCACUACAACUGUUAAUGGGGCAUCGACAACAACUGGUGAACCCACUACAACCAUCACUGGUGUGUCAACAACAACUGGUGAACCCACUACAACCAUCACUGUUUCAUCAACAACAACUGAUGAACCCACUACAACCAUCACUGGGUCAACAAAAACAACUGGUGAACCCACUUCAACAGUCACUGCUGUGUCGACAACAACUGGUGAACUCACUACGACAAUCACUGGUGUUUCUACAACAACUAAUGAACCUUCUACAACCAUCACUGGUGUGUCAACAACAACUGGUGAACCCACUACAACUAUCAUUGAGUCUUCAUCAACAACUGGUGAACUCACUACAACCAUCACUGGUAUGUCGACAACAACUGGUGAAACAACUACAACCGUGAAUGGUGCAUCGACAACAACUGUUGAACCCACUACGACCAUCACAGAGUCAACAAAAACAACUGAUGAACCCACAACAACAGUCACUGGUGUGUCAACAACAACUGGUGAACCCACUACAUCUAUCACAGUUUCAUCAACAACAACUGUUGAACCCACUACAACUAUCAUUGAGUCUUCAUCAACAACUGGUGAACCCACUACAUCCGUCACAGUUUCAUCAACAACAACUGAUGAACCCACUACAACCAUCACAGUUUCAUCAACUACAACUGAUGAACCCACUACAACCAUCACAGUUUCAUCAACAACAACUGAUGAACCCACUACAACCAUCACUGAGUCAACAAAAACAACUGUUCAACCCACAUCAACAGUCAAAGCUGUGUCGACAACAACUGGUGAACCCACUACAACCAUCACUGGUGUUUCUACAACAACUAAUGAACCUUCUACAACCAUCAUUGAUGCAUCAAAAACAACUGGUGAACCCACAACAAAAGUCACAGAUGUGUCGACAACAACUGGUGAACCCACUACAACUGUCACAGAGUCAACAAAAACAACUGGUGAUUCCACUACAUCCGUCACAGUUUCAUCAACAACAACUGAUGAACCCACUACAACCAUCAUAGUUUCAUCAACAACAACUGAUGAACCCACUACAACCAUCACAGUUUCAUCAACAACAACUGAUGAACCCACUACAAGCAUCACUGAGUCAACAAAAACAACUGUUCAACCCACAUCAACAGUCACUGCUGUGUCGACAACAACUGGUGAACCCACUACAUCCGUCACAGUUUCAUCAACAACAACUGGUGAACCCACUACAUCCAUCACAGUUUCAGCAACAACAACUGAUGAACCCACUACAACUGUUAAUGGGGCAUCGACAACAACUGGUGAACCCACUACAACCAUCACUGAGUCAACAAAAACAACUGUUCAACCCACAUCAACAGUCAAAGCUGUGUUGACAACUGCUGGUGAACCCACUACGACAAUCACUGGUGUUUCUACAACAACUAAUGAACCUUCUACAACCAACACUGGUGUGUCAACAACAACUGGUGAACCCACUACAACCAUCAUUGAGUCUUCAUCAACAACUGGUGAACCCACUACAACCAUCACUGGUGUGUCAACAACAACUGGUGAACCCACAACAACAGUCACUGGUGUGUCGACAACAACUGAUGAACCCACUACAACUGUUAAUGGGGCAUCGACAACAACUGGUGAACCCACUACAACCAUCACUGGUGUGUCAACAACAACUGGUGAACCCACUACAACCAUCACUGUUUCAUCAACAACAACUGAUGAACCCACUACAACCAUCACUGGGUCAACAAAAACAACUGGUGAACCCACUUCAACAGUCACUGCUGUGUCGACAACAACUGGUGAACUCACUACGACAAUCACUGGUGUUUCUACAACAACUAAUGAACCUUCUACAACCAUCACUGGUGUGUCAACAACAACUGGUGAACCCACUACAACUAUCAUUGAGUCUUCAUCAACAACUGGUGAACUCACUACAACCAUCACUGGUAUGUCGACAACAACUGGUGAAACAACUACAACCGUGAAUGGUGCAUCGACAACAACUGUUGAACCCACUACGACCAUCACAGAGUCAACAAAAACAACUGAUGAACCCACAACAACAGUCACUGGUGUGUCAACAACAACUGGUGAACCCACUACAUCUAUCACAGUUUCAUCAAAAACAACUGGUGAACCCAUAACAACAGUCAAUGCUGAGUCGACAACAACUGGUGAACCCACUACAUCCAUCAUGGUUUCAUCAACAACAACUGUUGAACCCACUACAACUAUCAUUGAGUCUUCAUCAACAACUGGUGAACCCACUACAUCCGUCACAGUUUCAUCAACAACAACUGAUGAACCCACUACAACCAUCACAGUUUCAUCAACAACAACUGAUGAACCCACUACAACCAUCACAGUUUCAUCAACAACAACUGAUGAACCCACUACAACCAUCACUGAGUCAACAAAAACAACUGUUCAACCCACAUCAACAGUCAAAGCUGUGUCGACAACAACUAGUGAACCUACUACGACAAUCACUGGUGUUUCUACAACAACUAAUGAACCUUCUACAACCAUCAUUGAUGCAUCAAAAACAACUGGUGAACCCACUACAACCAUCACUGGUGUGUCAACAACAACUGGUGAACCCACUACAACCAUCAUUGAUGCAUCAAAAACAACUGGUGAACCCACAACAAAAGUCACAGCUGUGUCGACAACAACUGGUGAACCCACUACAUCCGUCACAGUUUCAUCAACAACAACUGGUGAACCCACUACAUCCAUCACAGUUUCAGCAACAACAACUGAUGAACCCACUACAACUGUUAAUGGGGCAUCGACAACAACUGGUGAACCCACUACAACCAUCACUGAGUCAACAAAAACAACUGUUCAACCCACAUCAACAGUCAAAGCUGUGUUGACAACUGCUGGUGAACCCACUACGACAAUCACUGGUGUUUCUACAACAACUAAUGAACCUUCUACAACCAACACUGGUGUGUCAACAACAACUGGUGAACCCACUACAACCAUCAUUGAGUCUUCAUCAACAACUGGUGAACCCACUACAACCAUCACUGGUGUGUCAACAACAACUGGUGAACCCACAACAACAGUCACUGGUGUGUCGACAACAACUGAUGAACCCACUACAACUGUUAAUGGGGCAUCGACAACAACUGGUGAACCCACUACAACCAUCACUGGUGUGUCAACAACAACUGGUGAACCCACUACAACCAUCACUGUUUCAUCAACAACAACUGAUGAACCCACUACAACCAUCACUGGGUCAACAAAAACAACUGGUGAACCCACUUCAACAGUCACUGCUGUGUCGACAACAACUGGUGAACUCACUACGACAAUCACUGGUGUUUCUACAACAACUAAUGAACCUUCUACAACCAUCAUUGAUGCAUCAAAAACAACUGGUGAACCCACUACAACCAUCACUGGUGUGUCAACAACAACUGGUGAACCCACUACAACCAUCAUUUAUGCAUCAAAAACAACUGGUGAACCCACAACAAAAGUCACAGCUGUGUCGACAACAACUGGUGAACCCACUACAACUGUCACAGAGUCAACAAAAACAACUGGUGAUUCCACUACAUCCGUCACAGUUUCAGCAACAACAACUGGUGAACCCACUACAUCCAUCACAGUUUCAGCAACAACAACUGGUGAACCCACUACAUCCGUCACAGUUUCAUCAACAACAACUGGUGAACCCACUACAUCCGUCACAGUUUCAUCAACAACAACUGGUGAACCCACUACAUCCAUCACAGUUUCAGCAACAACAACUGAUGAACCCACUACAACCAUCACUGAGUCAACAAAAACAACUGUUCAACCCACAUCAACAGUCAAAGCUGUGUUGACAACUGCUGGUGAACCCACUACAACUAUCACUGCGUUCACAAAAACAACUGGUGAACCCACAACAACUAUCACUGCGUUCACAAAAACAACUGGUGAACCCACAACAACAGUCACUGGUGUGUCGACAACAACUGGUGAACCCACAACAACUAUCACUGCGUUCACAAAAACAACUGGUGAACCCACAACAACUAUCACUGGUGUUUCGACAACAACUAAUGAACCUUCUACAACCAUCACUGGUGUGUCGACAACAACUGGUGAACCCACUACACCCAUCACGGUUUCAUCAACAACAACUGGUGAACCCACUACAACAGUCACUGCUGUGUCAUCAACAACUGGUGAACCCACUACAACCAUCAUUGAUGCAUCAAAAACAACUGGUGAACCCACUACAACCAUCAUUGAUGCAUCAAAAACAACUGGUGAACCCACUACAACCAUCAUUGAUGCAUCAAAAACAACUGGUGAACCCACUACAACCGUAACUGGUGCAGUGACAACAACGAUUACAGCUGCACCCACUACAACUGUAAGUGUUGCAUUGACAAAAACCGAAGACCUCACUUCAGUCAUCACUGGUGUGUCGACAACAACUUUUGAACCCUCUUCAGUCAUCACUGGUGUGUCGACAACGACUGUUACAGCUUUACCCAGUACAACCAUCACUAGUGCAUCAAAUGCCACCACAACGACAACGGCUACUCCUGUCAUCACUACUGCCAUCAUCACAGCCACGACAACUACCGCUGUUGCAAACUCUAGUGUUCCUGUGGUGUUCAGGUCCAGAGGAGAGACAUUUACGUCUGACCUAUCAAACACAUCUUCUCAGGCCUUUCAAACCCGAGCAUUGCUGAUUAAAACUAAGCUUGAACCUUACUAUCGAUCGGCUUUCACCUCUUUCAACAGUUUGGAUGUGGCAGCAUUCAGCUCUGGAUCCAUCAUCAAUACUGUAAAUGUAGCAUUCAGCUCCCCCUCGGUCCCUAAUAUCACAGAGAUUGGCAUUGUUUUGAUAAAUGCUGCUCAAAACAUCACAGCUUUCAAUAUUGACGUCAACUCAGUGACGGUCAACAACACAGCUGCUCCUGCAACAAGUUCUGUUCCUCCUACAACUUCUGUUAAUACCACUGUGGCUGGUACUACCACCACAACAACUGGAGAACCUGUCACUGUUCCUGCUACCGUUCCUACAACUAGGCCCGCAACUACAACCACCACCUAUGUGGCCCCCACAACUACAGUGUCAAAGACAGCAUCACCACUGUCAACAACUACCAGCACAGCUCCAACUACCACAACAACACAUACUACUACUACUAGUACAACAACAACAACUACAACUGCACAUAUUAAACCUGUUCCACUGGUGGCUUUCGUCAUACAACAAGUGUUUGUAGAAGCUUUAAAUGACCCUCAAAGUACACAAUUCCAAGAACUUGCAAUAACUAUUACUGCAGUGUUCGAUGUGAUCUACAAAGCAAAAUAUGGGAUCCUCUUCAUCCGGACGAUUGUUCUUGGAUUCACACCUAUUUUCCAUUCCCGUAUGGAUGCAGAAACACAGGCAGAGGUCCAACUGGUGUUCAAUGAGACCUCCACUCAAUCUGUCCCUGAGGUUACUGACAUUAGCAAUACACUGAAAGAAGCAGUUGCCAAUCCGAAAAUUACCUUUGGCAACCUCUCUCUGGAUGUCACCACCAUCAUUGUUCAAGUGCCCACCACAAAUAACAACACAACUACAACGGCUACUCCUGUCUUCACUACUGCUAUCAUCACAACUACAACCACUGAAACUACGGUUGUGGCACUCACUAAGGUGACUGUGGUGUUCCGGUCCAGCGGAGAGACAUUUACGUCUGACCUAUCAAACACAUCUUCUCAGGCCUUUCAAACCCGAACAUUACUGAUUAAAACUCAGCUUGAACCUUUCUAUCAAUCGGCUUUCACCUCUUUCAACAGUUUGAAUGUGACAGAAUUCAGCUCUGGAUCCAUCAUCAAUACUAUGAAUUUAGCAUUCAGAUCCUCCUCUGUCCCAAAUUCCAGGGAGAUUGGCACUGUUUUAAUAAAUGCCGCCCCAAAAAUCACAGCUUUCAACAUUGACCCCACCUCAGUGAGAGUCAACGACACAGCUGUGACCUCAAGUGGAAUAAGCAGCAAGACGAGUCUCUGCACAGCAUUCUUUCUGGUGGUUCUGUCGCUGCUACUGUCAAGCCAGCAUUAGUCUCAGUGGCAACGCCCACUAAAAACACUAUUUCACUCACUGGCAAGCAGCAGAACGAAAUAGUGUGUGUAGUCAUAUAUUUCCUCUAUCCAAAACAUAGAAAAUUAACAUAGAAUGCCCACGCAAGUCACACCCUGGCCUAACCAAAAUAGAGAAUAAAAACCUCUCUAUGCCCAGAGCGUGACACAUAUGUAUAUACUGUAUUCUCUUCUAUUCUAUACUAUCUUAGUUUAUGUUGCUCUGACACAGCUCAUGCUAAUACUUAUAUAUUCCAUUCCUUUACUUUAGAUUGUGUGUAUUGUUAGAUAUAAGUUGUUAGAUAUUACUGCACUGUUGGAGCUAGAAAUACAAACAUUUUGCUACAAAUCCACAAAAACAUCGGCUAAACACGUGUAUGUGACAGAUAACAUUAGAUUUGAGUUGAAAUACCUCACCCCCCAUGCCUUAAUGCUUAAUCACGCAUCAUCAUAUAUUUUCAAAACAAAAACAAGUAUUGUAUCCUGUGAGCUCAAUUGUAAAAAAAAUCCAUUAUAGAAUGAAAGGUAUAAAUACAUCAAUUAGAAUAAAACAAGUAUUUAAUAAAGUCGUUGUG